UGUAUUUUCCUAGUAUUAUAAGUGAAGAACCUUAGGACUGGAGACUGAGUGGCUUAAAUGACUCCAGUUGCACUUCUGACCCUAAGUUUUUGGCAUUGUCUCAUCCUAUGACCUGUCUACUUAAGAGGACCAUGAGGACAGAUAUCCUAAAGCUUUGUACCUGGAUACCCCUUUUUGAAGAGGCAUGUCUUUGAGGGUGCAGGCUAUCAUUCUGAAUCCAAAGCCAAGGAAUAUAAACAUGUAUGCAAACGAGCUUGUCAGAAGGCAAUUGAGAAGCUACAGGCUGGUGCUCCUGCGACAGAUGCUGUCACUGCUGCUCUGGUGGAACUUGAGGUGUAUACACACAGUUACACUUCAUGGAGUUGCAUCCAGCCAAGUCUCUAUGUUCUUCUUGUGAAGAGGCAGAGAAAAUCACCUCUCCCAAGAAUUUCCAUCUCCUGCCAAGGGGCCUGUGUCCUGAAGAACUGUACACAGACGAGAGGCGUCUUGUUUGCUCGCUCUGCUGCUAGAGCAUUGAUUUAAUUAGAAGACAGGCUGUGGGUGGCCAUGUGCAGACAGAGAUGCACCAGACACAGCCCAGGUAGCCGGGACGGGAAAAGAUUCUCCUUUUACAAAUGCAGGAAUGGGAUCUAAUCUAAAUCUCUUAGGAGAAAUUGAGUGUGAUGCCAGCAUAAUGGAUGGACAAUCCUUAAAUUUUGGAGCAGUUGGAGCACUGAGUGGAAUCAAGAAUCCAGUCUCAGUUGCAAACAGACUCUUACGUGAAGGGCAGAAGGGCAAGCUCUCUGCAGGCAGAAUUCCUCCCUGCUUUUUAGUUGGAGAAGGAGCCUACAGAUGGGCAGUGGACCAUGGGAUACCCUCUUGCCCUCCUAGCAUCAUGACCACAAGAUUCAGCUUAGCUGCAUUUAAAAGGAACAAGAGGAAACUAGAGCUGGCAGAAAGGGUGGAAACAGACUUCAUUCAGCUAAAGAAAAGAAGACAAUCAAGUGCAAAGGUGAAGCAGCACUUAGGACAGUGUAUGGGAUGCUCAGCAGACCUUGUCCAUUGUGAAAAUGACACUGGCACUCUGGACACAGUGGGUGCUGUGGUGGUCGAUCAUGAAGGGAAUGUUGCUGCUGCUGUCUCCAGUGGAGGCUUGGCCUUGAAACAUCCAGGGAGAGUUGGGCAGGCUGCUCUUUAUGGAUGUGGCUGCUGGGCUGAAAAUACUGGAGCUCAUAGCCCCUACUCUACAGCUGUGAGUACCUCAGGAUGUGGAGAGCAUCUUGUGCGCACCAUACUGGCUAGAGAAUGUUCACACGCUCUACAAGCCGAAGACGCUCACCAAGCUCUGUUGGAGACUAUGCAAAGCAAGUUCAUCAGUUCACCUUUCCUUGCCAGUGAAGAUGGUGUGCUUGGUGGAGUGAUCGUCCUCCGGUCCUGCAGGUGCUCUUCAGAGCCUGACUCCUCCCAAGAUAAACAGACACUUCUAGUGGAAUUUCUGUGGAGCCACACUACAGAGAGCAUGUGCGUGGGAUAUAUGUCAGCCCAGGAUGGGAAAGCCAAGACUCACAUUUCCAGACUUCCUCCCGGUGCUGUGGCAGGACAGUCAGUUGCAAUCGAAGGUGGAGUUUGCCGCCUGGAGAGCCCUGUGAACUGACACCAGGCUGAAUAUGAAAUGUCGAAUGAGAAGCAUUGCAGAACCUGAGCUUUGGGCUAUUUAAUUGAAGUUGGGUGUUUUAUCUUCCUUGUUUUGUAAUUCUUAUUGCAACCUCGGGCACUGCUUGGGACACAAGUGCUGCUAUACUUAGUGCUGGUUGACACUCGAGUCUUUGAUGGGUGAGUGGGGGCCUGUGUGGGUGUGUAUUGGUAUGCAGUGGGUGUGUGUGCUUGCUUCUCCCUGGUGGGGUAGGAUCUCAAGUGUAACCUGUAAACUAGAAUGAUCAAAUCUUUACAAAAUGUGUGCUUUAACUGUUUACAAGUAAAACCUAAAGUUGUAGAAAACUUUUAUUUCAUAAAGAGGUACCAACUAUGGUUGAUACAAUGUGUCUGAACUGAACAGUGAAUCUGCUUGUUUAAAUGACUUGACCUUGAUUGUGGUCUAUUUAAUAACUGUAAUCAGUAAUAUUGUGUCAGUUUAAGUGGAUGGUGUGGUAACUUAAACUGUUCUUAUCCCUCAUACAGGGCAUUUUUCCUUGAAUAAAGAAUGGUUUCAGUGAAACAGUCUAGCAGAGAAUUAAAGUCAGAACCUUUUAAAGUAAUAGUCUUAUUGAUAAUGUUUGUACUUCUUCCCUGAGCUGUUUGAAGCUUAAGUAUUGCAUAGCUUUGUGCCGUGUGUACUAUAUUAUAAAAGAAUAUGUAAAGAGAGUGUUCAGUAAUGCACAGUUUUAAUUUGUGUAUAAUGGAAUGUUAUUUACAAUGUAACACUGUAAAUAAGAAAACAAAGUUUAUGGGAAAAUUCAAUAUUAUCUUUGUUUCUUGUUUAAAUAUAUUUUUAAGAUAAAGGUACAAAAUAAAAGAAGCAUAUUACUGGGUAUAGUGUACGAGUGCUUGCUUCAGACUUAUCUUUUGAACCCUAGACUGGUGGCCUGUGUUUUAUUUUCUUGACAGAAAACUUCUUCC